CUGCAGCGCCCGUGUGGAAUGCGGGAGCAGGCUGCGCACCAGGACUUUUAUGGAAACUUGCUGCUGGCGCGCCGGGGCCAGAGGGCUCGGGACGCCCGGGGCGGCGGGGGCAGCGCGCAGACCCGGACGCGCAGCGCGGAGCAGGAGGAGCGGCGAGGUGCCCGGGCCACAGGCGGGUACAAGAAUAUACAAAGCAUCAGCCCCAAACAACAUAGAGCAAACAUGAAUGACGUUUCGCAAAAAGCAGAGAUUCUGCUGUCUUCAUCUAAACCUGUUCCCAAAUCCUAUGUGCCAAAACUUGGCAAGGGUGAUGUAAAGGAUAAGUUUGAAGCCAUGCAGAAGGCCAGGGAGGAGAGAAACCAAAGGCGAUCGAGAGACGAAAAGCAAAGAAGAAAAGAACAAUAUAUUAGAGAGAGAGAAUGGAACAGGAGGAAGCAGGAGAUUAAAGAAAUGCUUGCUUCAGAUGAUGAGGAAGAGAUCUCUGCUAAAAUAGAAAAGGCAUAUGUCCCAAAGCUAACAGGGACGGUUAAAGGUAAAUUUGACGAAAUGGAGAAACAUAGACAGGAAGAACAAAGGAGGAGAACAGAAGAAGAGAGGAAACGCAGGCUUGAGCAGGACCUGUUGGAAAAGAGGAAAAUACAGCGUGAGCUAGCAAAAAGAGCUGAGCAGAUUGAGGACAUAAGCAAUACGGGAACCGAAUCCGCAGCAGAGGAAGGUGAUGACUCACUGCUUAUAACAGUGGUGCCUGCCAAAUCAUACAAAACACCUGGAAAAACAAAGAAUCCUCAGGACCUGGAGAAAGAACAAGGGAAUGAGAGGCUAAAUCAAGAAGACGACAAAACAGUAAGACAUGAGGAAGAGUGCAGAUCUCUCAAGGAAGCCAAGUGUCUUUCGUUAGUCAUGGAUGAUGAAACUGAGGCCCAAAAAGAAUCACAUUUUCCUGGAAAAUUGAAAUUAACCUUUGAAGAACUGGAGAGACAAAGACAAGAAAAUCGCAAGAAGCAAGCUGAGGAGGAGUCGAGGAGGCGCUUAGAGGAAGAGAGGCAAGCCUUUGAGGAAGCACGGAGGCACAUGGUAAAUGAGGAUGAAAACCAAGUUGUGGGAAAAGUCUUUAAAGACUACCGCCCUGGAAAACUCAAACUCACUUUUGAAGAGCUAGAGAGGCAAAGGAGAGAGGAUGAAAAGAAGAAAGCAGAGGAGGAGGCCCGGAGGAGAAUAGAGGAGGAGAGGAGGGCAUUUGCUGAAGCAAGGAGAAGCAUGGUACUAGAUGAUGACUCCCCAGAGAUAUGUAAAACAGUUUCUCAAGAAUCUCUGAUGCCUGGAAAGCUGGAAAUUAAUUUUGAAGAAUUAUUAAGACAAAAAAUGGAAGAAGAAAGACGGCGAACAGAGGAAGAACGACGGCAUAAACUAGAAAUGGAGAAACAGGGAUUUGAGCAACUGAGACAAGAAAUGGGAGAGGAAGAAGAAGAAAAUGAAACGUUUGGAUUGAGUAAAGAAUAUGAAGAACUAAUCAAAUUAAAAAGAAGUGGUUCUAUUCAGGCUAAAAAUCUAAAGAGUAAGUUUGAAAAAAUUGGACAGUUGUCUGAAAAAGAAAUACAGAAGAAGAUAGAAGAAGAGCGAGCAAAGAGGAGAGCAAUUGACCUUGAAAUUAAAGAGCGAGAAGCAGAAAACUUCCACGAGGAAGAUGAUGUUGAUGUAAGGCCUGCAAAAAAAAGUGAAUCUCCCUUUACUCAUAAAGUUAACAUGAAAGCCAGAUUUGAACAAAUGGCUAAGGCAAGAGAAGAGGAGGAGCAAAGGAGAAUCGAAGAACAAAAGUUACUACGAAUGCAGUUUGAGCAGAAAGAAAUUGAUGCGGCAGUACAGAAGAAAAGAGAAGAUGAGGAGGAAGAAGAAGGUAGCAUCGUUAAUGGCUCCACUACUGAAGAUGAAGAUCAAACCAGAUCAGGAGCUCCAUGGUUCAAAAAGCCUUUAAGAAACACCUCAGUUGUAGAUAGUGAGCCAGUCAGAUUCACUGUUAAAGUAACAGGGGAACCCAAGCCAGAAGUUACAUGGUGGUUUGAAGGAGAAAUGCUGCAGGAUGGAGAAGACUAUCAGUACAUCGAAAGAGGUGAAACUUACUGCCUCUAUUUACCAGAAACUUUCCCUGAAGACGGAGGAGAAUACAUGUGUAAAGCAGUCAACAAUAAAGGCUCUGCAGCAAGUACCUGCAUUCUUACCAUUGAAAUGGAUGACUACUAGGCUUCCUUCUUUCCUUGGAACUCUUUCUCCAACUCUUUUGCUACAUCUCUGUGGAGGGGCCAAAAGGAGACCAGAGGUGCCACUAUACUGACUUAAUACCCUUUCCCAAAACAGGAGCUCAUCCAAAGAAAGCCUUUCCCAAUGCUCACCAGGUUACCAUGUUGUGCCCAGUAAAAUGCAAUUGACAGGGAAUGGAGAUGUAUUCUUUCUGUCAGAACCUAAAACAAAAGCUUUGUAUUUUCCACACUUAUACCAAUUAAGGCUGAAUUUAAGAGCAAGAGUUUUACGUCUAAAAUUAGACAGAGGACAAUGAGAUUGGCACUAAUCAGACUUCCUCUGUAUGUGACUGCUGUAGACCUCUGAAGCAGAUAUACUGACGGAGAAGCAUCGUUCUUCUCACAACAAAGGAGGAACACUGAAAAGCCCAAGCAGGGUGCGUGUGUGCGUGUGUGAGUUUAAAGAAACUACUAAAUUUAAUACAAACCAAAGCUUAUGCAGUGUUCUAAGUGUGAUGAAUAUGUAACAUGUCUUUUCAAAUGUGUAAUGACUUUUAACUUUAUGCUAUAACCUGCCUGAACAAAUUACACUUUAAUGAGAAAAAUAUUAGUAUUCCAUUCAGGAGAUAAUGUUUUUGUUUCAAGACUGAAAAAGGAAGAGAUUUAGGAGAAAGUGAUUGAUAUUACAUUCUAGCUUUAAAAAUAAGUCUGUAAAAUGUCAGGUGUGACAACAUUUGCACACACCUUUACUCCCAGAACUUGGGAGACAAAGGAAGGUAGUUCUAUAUGAGUUCAAUGUCACCCUGGUCUAUAUAGGGAAUUGCAGGAUAGCCAGUACUACAUAGUGAGACUUUCUGGAAACAACAAAGUCUGUAAAUAUAAUUAAUUAUAACUAUUAUGUUCUAUUACUUUUGGUUGAUUUAUAUUUAUAUUCAAUUUCCUGGAAAACAAUUUUACAUUGUGAAACCAUAAUAAAGUUACCCAUG